GGGACGCCAUGCGCGUGCGCGCUGCAGGUCGGCGCCGGGCGGGGGCGGAGCGGCAGUCGCAGGCCCACGCCGUAAACAGACAACAUGGCGGCCGCAGUGGCGGCGGCACCUGGGGCCUUGGGCUCCCUGCAUGCUGGCGGUGCUCGCCUGGUGGCCGCUUGCAGUGCGCGGCUGUGCCCGGGAUUGAGGCUGCCCAGCUCGUUGGCAGGCCGGCGCGUGGGCCCGGCGAUCUGGGCUCAGGGCUGGGUGCCUGCGGCCGGUGGUCCCGCCCCGAAAAGGGGCUACAGCUCUGAGAUGAAGACCGAGGACGAGCUGCGGGUGCGGCACCUGGAGGAGGAGAACCGAGGAAUUGUGGUGCUUGGAAUAAACAGAGCUUAUGGCAAAAAUGCACUCAGUAAAAAUCUUAUAAAAAUGCUAUCAAAAGCUGUGGAUGCUUUGAAAUCUGAUAAGAAAGUACGGACCAUAAUAAUCAGGAGUGAAGUCCCAGGGAUAUUCUGUGCUGGUGCUGACCUUAAGGAAAGAGCCAAAAUGAGUUCCAGUGAAGUUGGUCCUUUUGUCUCCAAAAUAAGAGCAGUGAUUAAUGAUAUUGCUAAUCUUCCAGUACCAACAAUUGCAGCAAUAGAUGGACUCGCUUUAGGUGGUGGUCUUGAACUGGCUUUAGCUUGUGAUAUACGAGUAGCAGCUUCCUCUGCAAAAAUGGGCCUGGUUGAAACAAAACUGGCAAUUAUUCCUGGUGGAGGGGGAACACAGCGAUUGCCGCGCGCCAUUGGAAUGUCCCUGGCCAAGGAGCUCAUAUUCUCUGCGCGAGUCCUCGAUGGCCAAGAAGCCAAAGCAGUGGGCUUAAUCAGCCACGUUCUAGAACAGAACCAAGAGGGAGAUGCUGCCUACAGAAAGGCCCUGGACCUGGCCAGAGAGUUUUUACCUCAGGGACCUGUUGCAAUGAGAGUGGCAAAAUUAGCAAUUAAUCAAGGGAUGGAGGUCGAUUUAGUAACAGGGUUAGCCAUAGAAGAA